AUGAAAUUUCUGGCUCCGUCCCUGGAAACAGCGAAGGAUAAGCGUACAAUCUACUACGAUAACAUUACUUUGACCUUUUCUUAUGUCAGUAACAACUCAAUUCAACCAAUUGGGAAUAUCACUAUACCCGAGUUCCAUUAUCUGGAAACUUUCUGGCAAGCUCAUCGUGAUGCCACAAUUAAUACUUCUCGGGUACCUUGGGAACAAGCUAGAGUAGCGGUUUCAAAUGGGAGCACGGCCAUGUUUCGAGUAGAUUUGGAGACAAAAUUUAGGAUUUCAGAUGGGUUAUUUUGGAAGUCUGAUAGAUAUGAUUUAAGAGUAGGGGCGAAUGUUACUGUUAAUGAUCAUGGAAUGAAGUCUGUGAAGCACAUAUUGAGGCUAUCUAGUGCUUCUGUGCAUGUUUCUGGUUGUAUUCGCGUGGCUAUCAUAGCAUUGUUGGUUCUAGUUUUACCAAUUUUGCUCUAG